AUGAUGUUUGUGACAGGUCGGGUAACAACUAAAGCUGAUCUGUUUAGCUUUGGAGUGAUAUUGAUGGAACUAAUCACAGGUAGAAAAGCUCUAGAUGAGAGCCAGCCUGAGGAGAGCAUGCACCUUGUAACAUGGUUCCGAAGGAUGCACAUCAACAAGGACUCAUUUCGCAAGGCAAUCGACCCCACAAUAGACCUCAACGAAGAAACCCUUGCCAGCAUCAGCACCGUUGCUGAGCUGGCAGGUCACUGCUGUGCAAGGGAGCCAUAUCAAAGGCCUGAUAUGGGUCAUGCUGUGAAUGUGUUAUCUUCUUUGGUUGAGUUCUGGAAACCAGCUGACCAAAAUUCCGAAGAUGUGUAUGGCAUUGACCUUGAGAUGUCAUUGCCACAAGCACUGAAGAAGUGGCAAGCCUAUGAAGGUAGAAGCUACUUGGAUUCUUCUUCUUCGUCGCUUCUUCCCAGCUUAGACAAUACUCAGACGAGCAUACCUACACGCCCGUAUGGAUUUGCCGAGUCAUUCACAUCAGCAGAUGGGAGAUAAU